GAAGGCGCAGGCGCUGAAGUUCUUUUACUUGGCGAAGCCAACUUCUCCUUUGCUUUGGCACUGCUGGGCCUGCUCCUUCCACCUGCAAAGCCUGCGAAGCGGCCGGGGCAGCAGCCAGGGCAAAAAGAACAGGACGAGCUUUGGGAGCAAGCCCUGAAGGAGAGGUUGGGCAUCGUCGCGUCCUACCUGCAGCUACCAUCAGAGGCAUGCAAAAGCCUCAGGCUCACCGCGACCUGCUACGAGAGUCACCCUGAGCUGGUUGAAAAAUAUCCGGAGGCAGUUGGCAUCUUGUCCCGACUUCGUGACUUCGGGGACAUGGUGGAAGUGCGAUUUUCUGUGGAUGCGCUUUGUCUGGAGAGCUUUGGUGACAGUCGCUGGGAUGUAGUCGCUUGGAAUCAUCCGCAUCUUGGCACCGAAGAUCUCAAGCUCCACGGCUAUCUUCUUGCCCAUUUUUUCGACACGGCAGCCAGAUCUUUGCGCCGGAAUGGGAGAGUGGUGCUUGCUCUCCUAGAAGGACAAGAGGCGAGGUGGGAACUUGCCAAGCACGCCGCUGCGCAGGGCUUCAAAGUUCAUAAGGCUGUGCCCUUUGAGACCUCUUCCUUUCCUGGCUACGAAUGCAAGCGGAACAGCACAGGCAAAUCCUUCAAAAAUUUGCACGUGCAGAAGGCAACUGCAGCGCCGAUGCUGAGCCGAUUGUACCAUCUGCUCCAUGUUGAGUCUGGACUUACAGAGUUUUUCGAAGGGGCGGACGUGACCGCACCUGUUGCACACAACACAGCAAAUGCCAUUGCAGAGACUUCACUUGCAUGCAACCACUGUGGCAAGGUGUUCUCGACUUGCCAGGGCUUGAAAACUCAUGUACGGCAGGUCCAUGAGCUGAAGAAGUAUGGCGACCGAGCCAGCGUGGAACACAAGUGUGAGUGCGGCCGCGCCUUUCGGGAUGCAGAGGCGCUGUCCCAGCACAAACGUGCUGCUCACAACAACAAUCAUGGAGCUGCCCAAGGCGGAUCAAGACGUCAAGGCUAUAGCUACAGAAGCUGCGAGGUGUGCGGAAUGUCCCUGGCUUUAGGGACCUCCAUGGCUGCGCAUCUGGAAGCGCUGAGGCCCGUGGACCGAAGAGUCUUUUGUGCCUGUGGCCGCUCCUUCCCCGAACCGCGGGCUCUGGAACAGCACCUGCGAACCUGUGCUGAAGCGGCUUCCUUGGCUGAACCUAAAGCUGCUUGUACGUCUUCCGUGUUCGUGCACGGGCUGGGUGGCUUUCUGCAAAGGCUGUGUUGGCCUUGCCAGAUGGGCAUUUUCGCGCGGAAAAUGGACCGGGCUCUCUGCUCCAGAAAGGAUUCCGACAACUGUUGGAUGUAUUUCUUGUCCGUGUCUCUACAUCCCAUUAGGGAUGCCAUGACUCUUGAAGCCAUAAGGUCUGGAAACGGCGCAGUGCUGUGUGCUUUCCUUCGUCGAGGACCUGUAGCUGAAGGGUGA